AUGCCGCUGUCCACACGUAUGCAACAACCCAACUUGUCCAAUUCGACCGAUACCAAGGCGGAUGAUGAACAUCAAGUGAUCCCAAACAAACGACCUCGUUGUGUUACUCCCUUUCUCAACACCGGUCUGGCGCAACAGACAACUGUAAAUCAUUCAGAUGGUAUCACUAGCGGCCUGGGCUCGCAUCUAAUAGGACUGCAACCGGAAAUCACGUUUCGUAUGCUGCUAGACGCUGAUCUCUCCGCCACUGUCGGUGAGAUUGCUGAGAAAGAGAACGUACACGAUCGUUCGCCUCAGAUGGGUGACUCAUUCAAUGAGCGAGUGAGUGCACCCACUUGCAAACUAGAGCAACCAAAUUCUUUGACUUUCUCCACAGCAAAAUGUGGCAUCACUCCGACUAUGGAUUACAAACCUGUGGACCAUUUCUCACGUGCGUUAGAUCAAGCGGACAGUAACAUGUACGGAUGUAAAAUUCCUGUAUCAUCCACAAGCGGAUCCGCACUGCACGUUCCUCAGUUCCCUGUACUGAGUCACUUUGGGUCAUUGGGAACGGGGUCCCUCCAUCCCAGCAACACAGACAGCUUCAAUUCAGCAUAUCCGUUUACUGGUCCACCCGUAUCAAUCAACCCAGCCUCACCGAUUUUCCCACCUCCCCCAAGCCACCUGUCCUCCUUCACCCCACUGGCAGCGGGCACCUCUACUGCCACCGGCGGUUCAUUCUACCCAGCUGCGGCGGUUGCGGCCGCUGUGGUCCACUCGCUUGGCUCCACAAACACUGCUUAUGAUCAGUUUUACCAAUCCGCCUUAUCACCACUCUCCACCGCUGCAGUUCCAGGAUCGAACGCACACGAAAAGUGCUUGCCCCCGUAUCCACACUUGGCUAGUGGUGGCGCUGGCGCUGUAAGAAUCCAACAACCUCUGUGCUCACUCCACGAGUCAUUUUCCUCCAUUGCGGAUUACACCCAUUCGAAGCAUAAAGCUCAUACCAAUAGUCAUGGCCAGACCGAUUCAGACCCAAAACAGAACUCCCACAAAGAAUCUCUUCCGGUGUCCCAUGGAAGAGUGUUAGAAGAUAGGCUCUGUCAAUCGGCCAAAUUGGACACAAAAGUCUCAACCCAGACGCACCAUGACCAUCCUCCGCCUAUCAGUGACAAUGGUGGUAACAUCUUAAAUGCAGAAUUGGCGCGCACCGACGAUCUACCAUUGUAUGCCGCGUCUUCGUCUCAUGCAACAGGUUUUUACGAGCAACGAUUGUCCUCUUCUGUAGAGCACCAUCACCGCGUCCAAAAUUUGGACACUAGCUACAGCCAUUUGUUUGGUACAGCCCGAUUACAUCCGAACCUGCAAACCACCGACUUACCCGACACCCACCGUUCCUGCGACUCAUUUGAGUCUUCAUCAAACACGUGUGCAGGCGGCUUCGAUCGCUUGCAGUAUGUGCAACGAAAAAGUUCUUCCACGACGACGUUCGUAUCAUCCUCUUCACGAAGCUUCAAAUCACAUGCGCUGAGUAAACACCUGAGACACUCCACCGAAUCUACUGGAUCUGUUCUUCCGCCUGUCGCCUCGGAAGGUGGCGAGGGAACGCCAAAAAGCUUACCCCCACCACCUCAAGAUGUUACAUCCAACACAGACGUGGUCCAUUUCGAGCCACUCGGCGUACUCACUCGGCAGAUGAUGCGCACCUACUUGACUGACAGACGAGAUCAAGUGCUGGUUAUUCUACACGCUAAAGUUGCACAAAAAUCUUACGGUACAGAGAAGCGAUUCUUCUGUCCUCCGCCAUGUGUUUACCUUCGCGGUGAGGGAUGGAGUCUGUCUACAGAACCACAUGGCACAGCUCAGAAUGAUAGUUCAAUCAAUAUUGACGUGGAGACAGAAUUGCAGCCUCCGCAAGAGCCAACGAUGCACUCUGUUACUGCCCAGUCAAGUUACGUGCACACAGGAGGAUCAAAUUCGAGUCAUACGUUGACAGCCACCUCAAAUACAACUUCAUCUGAUCUGUCUCUACUUCCAUCCACUCAAAUACUGGCGUUUAUGGGGAUCGGCGGGUCUACUGCUCCCCAAGACAUGGUUCAGCUGAAUUUGGAACAAGGCCGUGAUUAUUCAAAUGCAAAAACACUGUUCAUUUCGGAUUCAGAUAAGCGAAAAUAUUUUAUGCUCGUAUUAAAAAUGUUCACCGCGGGUGGAAGGGAUCUGGGUCAAUUCCAUUCCAGGCGCAUAAAAGUGAUCUCGAAACCGAGCAAGAAAAAGCAAUCAUUAAAAAACACUGAUCUGUGCAUUGCUUCCGGGACAAAAAUAGCUCUCUUCAAUCGUCUACGCUCACAGACCGUGAGCACACGUUAUUUGCAUGUUGAAGAUGCGAGUUUUCACGCCAGCUCCAGUCGAUGGGGCGCUUUCACCAUCAACUUGUUGGCCGAUGACGAAGGUGAAGCAGAGCAAUUUACCGUGCAAGAUGGCUACAUUCACUAUGGACACACUGUAAAAUUGGUUUGCGCAGAAACUGGAAUGGCUCUACCCCGUUUGAUUGUGCGGAAGGUGGACAAAACUACCGUUCUUCUGGACGCCGACGAUCCAGUGAGCCAGCUGCACAAAUGUGCAUUUCAUUUAAAGGAUACAAACGGGAUGUAUUUGUGUCUCUCACAAGACAAAAUUGUCCAAUUACCGGCUACUUUCUGCAAGGACAAUCCGACAAGGGAGACGAUUAGCGAUUCAGCGGCAUGGACCAUCAUAAGCACUGACCGAGCUGAGUACCGUUGGUUCGAACCAAGUCGCCUAGUUCUGCCCGAUGGUACUCAGCCGCAGCUCAGCCCACUUACCACUCCGAUCACUCCUGUGCCAUUGGUACGCGAUAUACGAGUGAACGGUGGUGGCGAUGUGGCAAUGGUGGAGCUGGUCGGAGAGAAUUUCAAUCCGAGACAUCAAGUUUGGUUCGGUGAUGUCCCUGCACAAACGUUCUACCGAUGCGAGGAGCUACUGUUGUGCUUCGUACCAGACAUUUCCGAAUUCUUUCAUGAUUGGACUUACAUUCAGAAAGCAUUGGAGGUACCCAUCACCCUAGUUCGACACGACGGUGUGAUCUACUCCAGCGGUUUAACGUUUACCUACCAUCCCGAGACAGGACCAAGACAACAUUGCCAGCCUGCCUUGGAUAUAAUCCGAGCAGUCACUCUGGUCGCUGCUGCUGCUGCCAAUUCCAAAAACUCACCGAACCAAUCAAGUGAGACACCCGGCUCAUCAAAUGAACAUGGUGACCACCCCGGUGCCGCGCACUUUAGCAAUCCAAGUAUGUAUAGUGCCGAGGUUUCACAUAAUCCCGGGGAGAUGAGUUCCACGGAAACCAGCCAUCCAUAUUUCCCAUCAGCACAAAUGAAUGACCCUGCAAUGUACACAGACGUAACAAAUAACACAUCGAGAAGCGCACAAUUUUACACAGAUGAGCUUCUAUCCAGGUUUUCGGGCGCCACCAGCAAUCCGAGAAUCCCAUCUACACUUGUUUACGGAUUCCAAUCAUCGACAGAUACUGUGUAAUGGUUUUUGUACUGCAUCGACCAUCACAAAUACAAGGGGCAGGCUCGAACUGAAUGGAUGAUCCUCUACGUCUUCCUUCUACGAACAGUGCAAUCUUCACAACAGCCCAUGAUGUUGCACUGUCUGCGUUCCUACACAAUGGAAUGAGCACACCGAAGAAGUCCCCCUAUCCUGAUCGAGCGUUUCUUCUCUGAUCUAUUUACUUGUACAGUUCUUUCACCUCACUAAACUUGAGACACACAAUUUGAUCGACUUUUGGUGACCUAACUCAGCUAACUUGAAGAACUGUUCCGUGAUUUCUGCCUCCUUUUCCAACAUUCAUACCAUUUAGGUGGGCGCGAAAACUGGCGAACGGGAGCAGUCUCGUACAAAUGGAGGCGGUGCCCUUACAAGCCAACUUUCAAAGUUCGCAUUCGUGAGCAAUAAAACCGUAUUUUGCAAGG